CCCUUUUUGGACGUUCCUCAGAGCAUUUUGAUAUGAUCGUUUAAAAUGGAUCCAGAAGAGCAGGAGUUGCUUGGCGAUUAUAGAUAUAGAAAUUAUUCCUCAGCAAUUGAUAAAGCUUUGAGGAACUUUGAAUCUUCAAGUGAAUGGGCAGAUCUCAUAUCUUCUCUUGGGAAACUCAACAAGGCUCUUCAAAGUAAUUUGAAGUAUUCCCUUUUACCAAGACGCUUGAUUAUCAGCAAAAGAUUGUCCCAGUGUUUACACCCAGCCUUACCUAGUGGAGUGCAUAUAAAAGCACUGGAAUCCUAUGAAGUAAUAUUUAAAAUUAUUGGAACAAAAUGGCUUGCAAAGGACUUAUUUCUCUACAGCUCAGGCCUUUUUCCAUUGCUUGGAGUUGCAGCACUGUCAGUGAAACCCGUCUUGCUCGAUUUGUAUGAAAAUUAUUUUCUCCCACUCCACAAAUCUCUCCUGCCCAGUCUUCAGGCCUUCUUAAUUGGCCUUUUGCCUGGUUUGGAGGAAGGGUCAGAAUUCUAUGACAGGACUGAUGCUUUGCUUGCGAAGUUGUCCCUUGUAAUUGGAAAAGAAGUGUUUUAUUCUGCCUUGUGGGCCAGUGUCUUGGUUAGCCCUUCUGUAAGACUACCUGCUUCUCUUUUUGUUGUCAGUCACAUCAACAGAGCAAUACCUGGAAAACAGCAGAAUUAUAUGAUGGGAACUGAUCCUAAUCUCACAAUACAAGCUAUUUGUCUGUCAAUGCUGGAUUCAAAUGUUCUUGUACAAAGAAACACUUUGGAAGUGGUUCUCUUCUUCUUCCCAUUAUAUUCCUCUUUGGACCAAAAUGAGAGUGCUAUUCCACUGUCUAGGUCUGAUGUGGUUCAUCUUCUGUCAGCAGCUGUCCAAACUCUCUUAAGAAGAGAUAUGUCACUAAACAGAAGGCUAUACUCAUGGUUGCUAGGUUCUGAUAUCAAAGGAAGUGCUUCUGUACCAGAUUUAUCUAUUAAAGCAUCCUUAGAAGAUUAUGCCUGCAGUUUUUUUGAAAAAUACUCCAAAGAACUUUUAGUUGAGGGUUUAAUUGAAAUACUACAUCAGAAAUUUUCAGAGUCUGACUUGGAAGAACAGCACCAUGCAUAUUUGAAGCCAUUCCGCAUCCUCAUAAGCCUACUAGACAAGCCUGAAAUAGGCCCACUAGUCAUUGCGGACUUGUUUCUUGAAGUGAUCAGAGCAUUCUAUAGAUACUGCAAGGAAACACUGGGUUCUGAUCUUGAACUUAGCUAUAGUCAAACUGGGAAUGUCUUUACAAGUGCAAUAAAAGAAAACAAGAAUGCAUCUGAGAUUGUUAAAACAGCUAACAUGCUGAUCACAUCCUUAAAUACAGAUUUUCUGUGGGAUUACAUGACCAGUUGUAUUGAGGACUGUUUAAGCAACAAAAAUAAAUCCACACAGACACAACUUCUAACUAAUAGUGCAACAGUUUCAGAACUCUGCGCACUAAUAGUGUUUCUUCUAGAUGUGAUACCACUGGAACUUUAUUCUGAAGUACAGUCUCUGUAUCUGCCACAAAUGCUCAGCUGUAUGGUGCAAAGUCUCUUUGAAAACAUGGAAGUACUAAGUUUAUCAGAGCUCACAUACGUGUUUAGAACAUGCUUUAAAGUGCUUAGUAAAGUACAAAUGCCAUCUGCCUACCUGAGUACUGAAACAGGAAGCUCAGACUCUAGUCCUGUAAAGGAAGACAGCCAGGAAAUAAGUUCAGAAUCCAAAGUGCUAGAAGAUGAAGAAGACAUUCCUUUACCUUCAAUGAAAUCUGAAGACAGCGGCAUUGCUCUUAGUGCUUCAUCUCCUGAACUGUUACAGCAUUUGAGGAUACCUAGGAUAAUCCCUGACAAAGAUGAUGUCUGGAAAAAGGGUGGAAACAUGCAGAUGACUUUGCACUAUAUCCAGGAACUGGUUGCAAAAUUUGCCAGUAAAUACAUAUUUGAGAUACAUUUACAGAAUUCCAAUAAUGACAAUGUUUCAAAAGUCCAUGUCAGACCAGAAAAUAACAAAGAGAAUAAUUACCAAGUUGCCAUAAAUUCUGGGGAUAAAAGGCACUCAUAUGAAUCCAGGCAGAUAGUGGUGCCUCAGUUGAAGCGAAUGCUAACAGAUUUCUUCACUGUACGAGGAUCACCUUUUAAACAGAAAGAGCUGAAGCCUUCCUCCCCUUCUGAUGAAUGUGAUAAUCCAAGGGAUAAAGAGGAGAAAGAGUGGGACUUUGAUCCAGUUAUGUUUGAUUUGGGAGACACACGAGAGGAUUGCAGAGAGGCCUUUUCAGCUCUGUGCUAUCUCUUACUGGAUUGCACUACAUUUCCGGUCUACCUUUCUGAAGAAGAGUCUGAACUGUUGCAUUUGUCACUCUUUCAAGUGUCUGGAGGCAAUGAAUCCAGUUUUCCCUUGUGGCUCAAAUCCUUGAUGACAAUAUGUUGCUGUGUUAAUGACUGCUACAUUCAGAAUUUGGCCAUUUCUGUACUGCUAGAAGUGAUCAACCAUUCCCAGUCACUGGCAUUGGUUAUUGAAGACAGAAUUAAGCGAUAUAAAAUUCCUGGGCAAAACCCCUUCUUUGGAAGACUGCAGAUGGUCACAGUUCCUCCUAUUGCUCCUGGAAUCCUAAAGCUAAUUUCAGAAAAAACUGAUUUCUAUCAGAGAGUUGCUCAAGUGCUUUGGAAUCAGCUAAACAAAGAGACACGAGAGCAUCACAAUACUUGUGUAGAAUUGUUCUACCGUCUACAUUGUCUAGCUCCAUCUGCUAAUAUCUGUGAAGAUAUUAUCUGCCAUGCAUUACUGGAUCAUGAUAAAUGCAUGAGACUGGAAGCACUGUUCAGAUUCUCCAUCUUGUGGCAUUUGACUAGAGAAAUUCAGGGCAAUAGAACUACAUCCCACAGCCGAUCUUUUGAUAGAUCCCUGUUUGUUGUCCUGGAUAGUCUGAAUUAUUCAGAUGGAGCAAUUAGUGCUGCAGCACAGGGUUGGUUAAUACGAGCACUCUCCCUUAACGACGUUACAAGAAUUCUUGAACCUGCCCUUCUGCUUUUAUUACAUCCCAAGACACAACGUGUCUCCCUUCACUGUAUCAAGCAGAAAAACUCAGCAGAAGACAUAUCUCUAUGGUAUAAAAAGAAAACCGUCUUUCAGGAAUCAGUGAAGUCUCAAGAUCUGUGUGAAAGCAAUUCUGAAGAAACUUUGCCACUGAGCCAAUUCACAGUUGUGGACAGAGAAGCUAUAUGGGCUGAAGUUGAAAAAGACCCAGAGAAAUCUCUAUUAAAAAAUGAACUCUCUGUAAACAAACAUUUUCUAUAUGCAGAAUCACUGCUAGAAAUGGGCAAAGAUGAGAGUGAACACACUGAAUCUGCCGAUACCAGUACCGGGCCUGUGGACAGUGAUAAUACUUCAUCAUUUUCACCUUCUCUUGAACAGCAAGAUCUGAACCAUGAGGAGAAUAAUAGUGCCUCAACAGAUGGCAGAAACAGUAUGAAGCAUACUGGUUCUUCUAAUGUUUACCCUGCUGAUAGUUCAAAAUCAAGUGCUGUGAUAAACUUAGUACGUACCGAUUCUGAUAGAACCCGGGCAUCAGAAUCUCUCUCAAGUGAUGAUGAAAUGGAUUUGGAACUUCAAGCACUUAUAACAUCUAGAUUACUAAAGCAACAGAAAGAAAAACAGGAGAUGGCUGAAGCUCUCUUUAAACAUGUUCUCUUAUACAUACAACCAUAUGAUUCAAAAAGGGUUCUGUAUGCAUUUUCUGUGCUUGAAGGAGUGCUUAAAACAAACCCUAAAGAGUUUAUUGAAGCUGUAGCAAGUACAAGCAUGGAUACAAGUUCCACAGCUCAUUUGAAUUUAAUCUACAAUUUAUUAGCUCGCCACCAGGAAUCACUUGUGGGACAGAGCUUUUAUGGCAAACUUCAAAUUCAGUCACCAACAAUGUGUCCCCAUUCAUUAUUAAUAGAAUUGUUAAUGUAUCUAUGUUUAAGUUUCCUGCGUUCUUAUUAUCCCUGUUAUUUGAAAGUGACUCAUAAAGAUGUGCUUGGCAAUAGAGAUGUCCAAGUGAAAAGUGUUGAAGUAUUGAUCAGAAUGGUGACUCAGCUGACAACAAUGGCCAAAUCAACAGAAAACAAGAAUAUAGAAUUCAUACGCAUCUUGCUUGGAAGAUGCAAAAUUCAAGAAUUUGUCCUUCUUUCUCUCUCUGCUUCUAUGUAUGUUAGUCAGAAAUGCUAUGAAUGUAUGUUAGCUAAUAAGGCUAAUGGUUUAAGUGAGCACUAUAUCCUUGAGGAAAGUCUUAUCAACUUUGGUCAUGAUCAGAUUUGGAGUGAACAGCCUUUACAAAUUGAAUUAAUUAAACUUCUGCAAGUACUAAUAGUGUUGGAGCACCAUCUUGGGCAGACUCAAGAGGAACAGGAAAAUCAGCCAGCCCUGUCUAAGGAAUGGCAGAGGGCUCUUAGUUUUCAGGAAGCUAUCAGUGCUGUGCAAUAUGUGCAUCCACACCCUAUAACUUCUCAGGGGUUAUUUGUGUCUGCAGUAGUUCGAGGCUUGCAGCCAGAAUAUGGCUAUGGCAUGCAUCCAUCUUGGGUAGGCUUGGUUACGUACUCUUUGCCAUACUUUGGGAAAUCUUUAGGAUGGACAGUAGCCCCUUUUAUUGUACAGAUAUGCAAGAAUCUGGAUGAGCUUGUCAACCAAUAUGAGCAUGAAGUGCUGAAGAUGUCAACUAAAAUGUCAGCAAGCAUAAAUUAUAAAAGGGAGAACAUUACACCAGAUUAUCCUUUAACCCUUUUGGAAGGACUUACAACGAUUGGCCAUUUUUGUCUUCUGGAUCAUCCAAACCAUACCAGAAAGUCACCUUUCAAUGCUGAUCCAACAAGUCUAAGAAAUGCUAGGAAUGCCAUUUUGGAAGAGUUUCCUCGAAUCAUUAACACCAUGUCUCUUCUCUGGAAUGUCAUUAAAAAGGAAGAUUCUCAAAAAAGACCGUCUGAUUUCCUAGGCGUAAAAGGCUGUUCAUCAAUUUAUUUCAAAGCAACAAAAAUAUUAAAGAAUAAAAUCCUAGACUUCUUGAAUCCCCUCACUGGACAACUUGGUGUGCAACUAAUAGCUGCAACAGCAGCAGUUUGGAGCAGCAAAAGACCUCAUAAAUAUCAAACAAAGAUGCCUCCUAAAGCUAAUACAUCACAGCUAAUAUUGGUUGACCUUGUUUGUGCUCUCAACACUCUGAAGACUGACAUUAUACUGCAGCUAAUAAAAGAAGUUGUAAAGAAACCUUCUCAAAUUAAAGGCGAAGAGAAAUCUGCUCUAGUGGAUAUCCCAGUGCUUCACUUCUGCAAUGCUUUCAUUCAAAGGCUUCCAGUUUCAGCCCUGCAGGAGAACUUCCAGUCAUUAUUAGGUGUGUUUAAGGAAUCUGUGCAAUUGAAUUUAGCACCACCUGGUCAUUUUUUGCUUCUCAGUACUCUGAAUGACUUUGUGACAAGAACUCCAAGCCAGGAGAAUAAAAAGAAUCAGAAAGACUUGCAGGAUGUAACUCACAAAAUAUUGGAAGCAGUGGGAAACAUUGCAGCUUCUUCUCUAGAACAAACUAGCUGGCUUAGCAGGAAUCUGGAAGUGAAAGCUCAGUCUCAGAUCUCUUUAGAAGAAUCCAAUGUGGAAAAUAAUCUGCAUGUUCCUGGGAUUGAGGUGGGUUAUGGGGAGGACUUCAUGGACACAAACACAAGAAUUAUGCCUCCUAAAGCUAAUACAUCACAGCUAAUAUUGGUUGACCUUGUUUGUGCUCUCAACACUCUGAAGACUGACAUUAUACUGCAGCUAAUAAAAGAAGUUGUAAAGAAACCUUCUCAAAUUAAAGGCGAAGAGAAAUCUGCUCUAGUGGAUAUCCCAGUGCUUCACUUCUGCAAUGCUUUCAUUCAAAGGCUUCCAGUUUCAGCCCUGCAGGAGAACUUCCAGUCAUUAUUAGGUGUGUUUAAGGAAUCUGUGCAAUUGAAUUUAGCACCACCUGGUCAUUUUUUGCUUCUCAGUACUCUGAAUGACUUUGUGACAAGAACUCCAAGCCAGGAGAAUAAAAAGAAUCAGAAAGACUUGCAGGAUGUAACUCACAAAAUAUUGGAAGCAGUGGGAAACAUUGCAGCUUCUUCUCUAGAACAAACAAGCUGGCUUAGCAGGAAUCUGGAAGUGAAAGCUCAGUCUCAGAUCUCUUUAGAAGAAUCCAGUGUGGAAAAUAAUCUGCAUGCACUGAAAAAUUUAGUAUGUGGAGAUAUGCUGUGUAAGAAUUGUCUAUGUUUUUGUGAUCUGCUCAUUUUAUUCCUGUGUCUUUACAGUGCCUAUAAUCUUCCUAGUUUCCAUGCUAGUACUCAGUUGUUAAGUUCCUUAAGUGGCUACGCCUAUACCAAACGAGCAUGGAAGAAAGAUGUUUUAGACCUAUUUAUGGAUCCUGCCUUUUUUCAGAUGGAUACUUCAUGCAUUCACUGGCGAACCAUUAUCGAUCACCUACUUACACAUGAAAAAACUAUGUUUAAAGAUUUGAUGAAUAUGCAGAGUAGUUCCUUAAAACUUUUUCCAAGUUUUGAACAAAAGGCAAUGUUGUUAAAGCGUCAGGCCUUUGCUGUUUUCAGUGGUGAAAUUGAUCAAUAUCAUCUUUAUCUUCCUUUGAUACAAGAGCGAUUGACUGACAACCUACGUGUUGGACACACUUCUUCAGUAGCUGCCCAGAUGUUUCUUUUUUUCAGGGUACUUUUAUUGAGAAUUUCCCCUCAACACCUAACCUCUUUAUGGCCAAUCAUGGUGACAGAACUGAUUCAAACAUUUCUACAGUUAGAGGAAAUUCUAAUGGCUGAACCAGCAAAAAACAACAAGAAAAUGAGCAGGCAGAAAGCACCAUCAAAUGGCAGUACUGGGUUCCUUGGUGACAUACACCAGAAUGAAUUAACCUUGUAUUUAUCAGCCUGUAAAUUUUUAGACACGGCACUUUCUUUUCCAUCUGACAAGAUGCAGUUGUUUCAGAUGUAUAAGUGGGCCUUUGUUCCAGAGGUGGACAUGGAGAGUUGCAGCAUGAUUUCAGAUGUAAUGGAAAAUCACCAGGAAUGCAAGCCUCAUGUUGCUAGAAUCAUGGAUUUAUUGAAGCUAAAAUAUGGGGAACAAAAUAUAAGUGAUGAAGCAACAAAAAAUUGUGACUUUCCUCUUUUGGAUUUUCAUUCUGUAUCAAACAUCACACAAUUAAUUCCAUUCUUUAAUACAUUAAAUUCUGCUUUUAAAACUCAAGGUGGCAGAUUACUAAGCACACACAACUCCAAGUCUUUUAAAAACACCUAUCCCAACACCAGUGGAACAAGAAUUUUGAAACUACUGGAAGAAUAUGUUGAACGUGAUUUUAUAGAUAAUAUGGAAAAUGAAUCAUUGUAAAACAUCUGUUUGGUUCUUAUAACCAUCAAGUUUCAUUUUGCUAAAAUGUGAAAUGCUUGAAGCAAUAUGCAACUUUCCAUUGCUUUACCAAAUUAGCUUGUUAAAAUGAAGAAUCAUUAUUUUUCAAUUAAAAUAAUCAUUUAAUUGAGAUGCUUGUUUAUGAAUGCAGUUUUGUUGACUUUCAAUGUAAAAAGAAAUUCCCUUCUACCAGGAAAUACAACAUUCUACAUUUCUCAAAAGAUAAAUUGUUCUAAUUUUAAUUCUGCUCUAAACAACUUCUGCAUAGCAACUUACUAAAACAAAUUAGCAUAGUUUACAUUACUCACGUUUUUCUAACCCCAAAGUAAUAGUCCACACAUUUGCAAUAUUGAUCAGCCCUCUAGGUGGACCAAAGCAGAAAAUCAAUUCCACAGAAUAGUGAAACUUCCUAUUUUUAUUGAGAUUAGCUAUAAUGGCAGAAUCUUGCCAGUUAGAUUAGUUUGCCUGAGGUGCUUCAGAACAUUGUCUUAUUCUGGCCUUAAUAAUGAAUGCUUCAAGUCCUUUUGCCUAGGUAACAGAUCAUGCAUAAUAAGGCAGAUGCCUUACUCUCUAUAGGUGGUUGACUCAUAGCCUGUGGAAGGCUGAAGUCCCCUCUAUCCUAUUGCAACCCCACAUUGGCAUGAUCAUUUCCACUUCAGUGUUAGGCCUAUGAUUAUAAGCAAAAACAAAUUUGGUAGCAAGUAGGUUUCACCAAACCCAAUGACACUUGCUUUUUCAGUAAAUAUUUUUAAGAUUUGUCUUUAUGUUUCCAUCAAAUUUAUGAAUAACCAUUCUAAAACUAGAAAAUGAUUUUUUUACUUCGAAGUUUUAACUAAAUUAAAGCCAUUGUUGCCUUUUACAGUUUGCUGUAUGGUACUUAAUCGAAAUAGGCCAAUAAGAAUGUAAAAGUAUGUCUAAAAAAUGUAUAGUUCCUAAAGACAUGUAUAUAUGUUUAGUAUGUAUGGAUUACUAUGCUGCAUUGUAAGUACCUACUUUCCAAACCUGUUCACAGUUUUGCUGACACAUUCUUGGGCAAAAAUGUACAUUUACUGAAAGUAUUGUAGAGGUAGUCAUU